AUGAGAAAUUUUUCUUAUUGCUCGCCUUCACUACUAGCCAGUCGUCCACCUACUGCCCAUCGCCGCCCACUUACCUGCCAUCGCCUCCUACCUUCGUCGUCUCCUGUCCCGCCAUGGGCCUCCGGCCACCAUCUCCCGCCGCUGACUGCUCUCCUCCCGUCGCUGCCCAUUAUGGGCCGCCGAUCGCCGUCCGUCGGCCACCGUCUCCGGCCGCCGGCCACCUCCCGCUGUCGCCCUCCUCCCACUGCCUUCCACUGUGGGCCGCCGCCCGUUGUCUGCCAGCCACCGUCUCCCGGCGCCAGCCACUUGCCUCCCAUCGCCCUCCUCCCGCCGUUGCCCUCCUACCGCCGCCGCCCCCCUCCCGCCGCCGGUCGUCGCUUGUCUCCUACUGCUGCCCGAUGCCGACCGCCUCCAGCCAUCGUCCUCCGCACUGGCCAAGUCGCCGUCUGCUGUCGCCUCCAGCCAUCGUCCUCCGCACUGGCCAAGUCGCCGUCUGCUGUCGCCUCCCCCCAUCGUUCGCUGCCCGCCAUUCGCUGCCAUCGUCUGUCCUCCUCCCGUUGCCACCCCCCUCCCGCCGUCGGCCGUCACCCACCUCUUGCCGUUGCCCGACACCAGGUGCCUCCAGACGCCGUCCUCCAUUCUGGCUGCGUCACCGUUUGCCGCCGCCUCCCUCCACCAUCCACCGCUUGCCGUUCGCUGCCACUGUCCGCCCUCCUCUUGCUGUCGCCCCCUCCCACCGAUGCCCAACGCCGGUCGCCUCUAGCCGCCGUCCUCCGCACUGGCUACGUCGUUGCCCGCCGCCGCCCGCCGUUCGCUGCCACCAUCUGCCUCCCGACUUUUCAAAUUGCUGUUGGAGUAUUUGGUGUUGAAGGCUACACAUAUAGGUUGGAUAUACUACAACUAAUGGUUGCAAAUGCAGGAAAUAGUGAUCGUACUGCUAUUUCAAGUCUAGCCGCUCCACCAGUUGCAAAUGCAGGAAACAAUUCAUGCUAUCUUGACACAAGAUAG